AUGCCCGCCGCGUCCCCCCGCCCCUCCUCGCCCUUCUCCGCCUCCCCACACAUAUCCCCCCUCUCCACUCCCCCGAACAUCAAUGCUGAUCCCGCCCUCUCCGCCUCCAUGAUAUCCGUCCUCACUACAUCAGACGAGCCGCCAGAGCUCUCUUUCGACUAUGAGUGGACAAACGGCGAGUACGUCCGCAUCUCCCGCGGGUCCACGAACUCGCAGGUGUCGUCCCCUCCGACUCCGGUGGACUCCCCCGAACUGCCCAAAAUGCCGACGCUAUCAAUAACUGAUGAUCGCAUGUCUUCGUCGCCGCCCGUGUCAUCAAGUUAUCCCCAUCGACGCGUGUCUCUAUCACGCUCAGAGAGCUUGCCGGGAGCCUCUCCGUCAGGAGCUGACCGCUCUGAACCUCCCGAACGUCGUUCUCCUGCCACCAUGUCGUCCGUGUCUACCCUUCGCCCAUUCCAGCGCGUCACAUCCGGCCCCUCCGUGCUUCUCCCGAACCAUACCCCUUCGGCCGCCAUCUCCUCCUCCUCGUCUUCCGUUCGUCCAAGUCUUCCCGAUGGCGCUCGCGCCUCGCUCUCAAAACCAGGAGGCCCUCGUCGCGUGACAAUGGAAGAAUACAGAGAACAGGCUCAACAGAACCGCGCAAAACUCCGCGCAAUGGAACGCGAAUUACAGGAGGAGAAGGAGAAUUUUGAGGGCGAGCAGCAGUCGCACGAGAGUCCUACCAAUGGUGUCGGUGUGGGCGGACCAUCAGGGAGACAAUCGCCCCCUCGACCUUCCCCCAUAGGUGACCCUCCACAUUUUACCGCUCAGGCUCCCUCCUUUCCCACGCGUUCAUUCAGUGCUGGACAUCAGCCUCCAUCCACCUCAUCCAACUCCCGCGCUCUAGUAGAUGUCGUUCCGGUGCCACAACGAGCCCCGCUGGCCUUCCCUACAGGGCCCUCUGUUGGCCGAUCCAUCAUGCCCGGACCAAGCCGCCCUGGGCGCGUGCUGCGAAAAUUUCAGAGUAGUUUCGGGAUAAACAAGAUAGCAGAGGUGGAAGCAGGAGAGUCCGACCAUUUGGACAACGGGUCGGAGACGGAUACAGGAGCGGAGGAUCAAGCCUGGUCAGACGCUGGGCGCCACAUCGAUGGUUUUGUACGCCAACCAAGUGCUCUCGCUUCAUCACAAAUUACUUCUUCGAGCCGUCCACGGCGAUCGGCUAGUUUAAGUGAAGCUGCUACGGCGGCGUUCGAUAAUGAUAUACUGCUCAUGAAGCUUACAAGUUGCCCUGACAGCACCUGA